AUGCCGCCACCCACCUGCGACCGCGCCCAUACCCUCUCGCUACCGCUGCCGAUCCCCCGCUCGCGCUCGCACAAGAUGAGAGCUCUCGAUGCCCUGCACCCACGCUCACACAAGACAAGUGUGAGCUUGUAUCCUCUCGCUGCCGCCGCCCACCCCUUCCCGCACUCGUAUCCUCUCGCUGCCGCUGCUGAUCUCCGCCUGCGCUCGCCAAGACGAGUGCAGGUGUGGCCUCUUUCAAUGCCGCCGCCCACCUUGCCUGCGCUCAUGAGUGCAGGCUUGUCUUCUUUUAAUACCGCCACCCACCUGCGCCCGCAAGUGUGGGCCUGUAUCCUCUUGCUGCCGCCGCCCACCUUGCCUGUGCUCAUGCUCUCUCGCUGCCGCCGCCGAUCCUCACCGCCCGCGCUCGCACAGGACGAGUGCGUGCUCGUAUUCUUUUGCUGUCGCCGCCCACCUUACCUGCGCUCAUAUCCUCUUGCUGCCGCUGCCCACCUCGCUUGCGCUCGUACCCUCUCGCUGCCGCUGCCAAUCCUAGCCGCCCAUGCUUGCACAAGACGAGUACGGGCUCGUGUUCUCUUGCUGCUGCCGCCCACCUUGCCUGCGCUCGUGCUCUCUCGCUGCUGCUGCCAAUGCUAG